CUUACUGAUGGUGAUUAACGUUGAAGGACGCCUAGCAGCACUUUGUGCAGCCAGCCACUCCCUAUGUCCGUGGACCAGAGGUUGAAGUCGUGGAAGCGUAGUCCUUAUCCACCUCAGUGCUCAAGUGGAAGUCCUCCUAGCCGGGUGAGAGACGCGUCCAGGCACAUUCACAACGCAGAUAACAAAAAAAAACAACGGGGAUAGAGGAGCCUCUUUUCAAUUGAAGGGAUAUUCCCGGGAUUCUUCACUUUCCUCCAGAGUGGAUUAAGGGACAACAUUUCCAAUUCAGAGGGGGAUUGCUCAUUCCAAAAUGGAGGUGAAGACGUCACUUCUAGACAACAUGAUAGGAGUGGGGGACAUGGUCCUGCUAGAACCCCUCAACGAAGACUCCUUCAUCGAGAACCUGAGGAAACGCUUUGACCACAAUGAGAUCUACACAUACAUCGGCAGUGUGGUGAUCUCCAUGAACCCCUACAGGUCUCUGCCUAUCUUCACACCAGAGAAGGUGGAGGAGUAUCGCAACAGGAACUUCUACGAGCUCAGCCCACACAUCUAUGCCCUGGCAGACGAGGCCUACCGUUCUCUGAGGGACCAGGAUAAAGACCAAUGUAUCCUCAUCACAGGAGAGAGUGGAGCUGGAAAGACCGAGGCCAGUAAGCUGGUGAUGUCAUAUGUGGCGGCGGUGUGUGGGAAGGGCCAGGAGGUGAACAAGGUGAAGGAGCAGCUGCUGCAGUCAAAUCCCGUGCUGGAGGCUUUCGGGAAUGCUAAAACUGUGAGAAAUGACAACUCAUCCCGAUUUGGAAAAUACAUGGACAUUGAGUUUGACUUCAAAGGAGACCCUCUGGGUGGAGUUAUUAGCAACUAUUUGUUGGAGAAAUCCAGGGUUUGCAAGCAGCCAAGAGGAGAGAGAAACUUCCACAUCUUCUACCAGCUUCUUUCUGGAGCUUCAGGGGACACCCUGACGAAGCUGAAGUUGGACAGAGACUUCAGUAAGUACAACUACCUGAGUCUGGAUUCAGCCACCGUCAAUGGACUAGACGACGCAGCAAGCUUUAGGACCGUCAGGAAUGCAAUGCAGAUUGUGGGUUUUAUGGAGGAUGAGGUGCAGUUGGUCCUAGAGCUGGUAGCAGCCGUCCUCAAACUGGGGAACAUUGAGUUCAAACCUGAGUCCAGGGUCAACGGCUUCGACGAAAGCAGGGUCAAGGACAAGAAUGACCUGAAGGAGAUGUGUGAGCUGUUGGGGAUUGAGCAGUCUGUGCUGGAGAGGGCUUUCAGCUACCGCACCGUGGAAGCCAAGAUGGAGAAGGUGUCUACCACACUCAACGUGGCCCAGGCCUACUAUGCCCGUGAUGCCCUGGCCAAAAACCUCUACAGCCGUCUGUUCAGCUGGCUAGUCACCAGGAUCAAUGAAAGCAUCAAGGCUCAGGCCAAAACACGCCACAAGGUGAUGGGAGUCCUGGACAUCUAUGGUUUUGAAAUAUUUGAGGAUGGAGACAACAGCUUUGAACAGUUCAUCAUCAACUACUGCAACGAGAAGCUUCAGCAGAUCUUCAUCGAACUGACGCUACGUGAGGAGCAGGAGGAGUACGUCAGAGAGGGCAUUGAAUGGACCAACAUUGAGUAUUUCAACAACGCCAUUAUCUGUGACCUCAUUGAAAAUAACCAGAAUGGUAUCCUGGCCAUGUUGGAUGAGGAAUGUCUCAGGCCAGGCACAGUGACUGAUGACACCUUCCUAGACAAGCUCAACACCAUCUGUGCUGAGCACCAGCACUUUGAGAGUCGCCUCAGCAAGAACUCCAAGUUCCUGACAGACCACAGCUUGCCUCACAGCUGCUUCCGCAUCCAACACUACGCUGGGAAAGUGCUGUACCGUGUGGAGGGCUUUGUAGACAAGAACAAUGACCUGCUGUACAGAGACCUGUCUCAGGCCAUGUACAAGGCCACCCACAGUCUGAUGAGACAGCUGUUUCCUGAGGGAAACCCUGCGAAGGUCAAUCUGAAAAGACCCCUCACCGCAGGCUUCCAGUUCAAGGCCUCUGUAGGGGGACUAAUGAGGAACCUGCAGACCAAGAACCCCAACUACAUCAGGUGCAUCAAGCCCAACGAUAAGAAGGCAGCCCACAUCUUCACCGACUCACUGGUGUGUCACCAGGUGCGUUACCUGGGUCUGAUGGAGAAUGUGCGUGUGAGGAGGGCAGGCUAUGCAUUCCGCCAGCCCUACGAGCCCUGUCUGGAGCGGUACAAGAUGCUCUGCAAGCAGACCUGGCCUCACUGGAGAGGACCCGCGAGGGAUGGAGUGGAGGUGCUGCUGACAGACUGUUCUGUUCCAGCUGAGGAGUUUGCCUACGGACGCUCCAAAAUCUUCAUCAGGAACCCCAGAACGCUGUUCACCCUGGAGGAGAGGAGAAGGGCGUGUCUGGAGGACCUGGCCACCCUGAUUCAGAAGAUCUACCGGGGGUGGAAGUGUCGUACUCACUUCCUCCUGCUGAAGAAAAGCCAGGUGGUGGUAGCAGCCUGGUACCGCAGAUAUGCACAACAAAAGAAAUAUGAGAAGAUCAAGAGCGCUACACUAGUGAUGCAGUCCUUCACCAGAGGGUGGAAGGCCCGCAAGAUCUUGCGACAGCUGAAAUACGAGAAGAGAUGCAAGGAGGCAGUGACUACCAUUGCAGCGUACUGGCACGGGACUCAGGCCCGGAUGGAGCUGCGGCGCCUAAAGACGGAGGCACGGAAUAAGCAUGCCGUGUCUGUCAUAUGGGCAUACUGGCAGGGGACCAAGGCACGCAGGGAGCUAAGGUGCCUGAAGGAGGAGGCCAGGCGUAAGCACGCCGUCGCCGUCAUUUGGGCCUACUGGCGGGGACUCCAGGUUCGCCGGGAGUACAGGAAGUUCUUUAGGGCCAACGCUGGCAAGAAGAUCUACUGCUUUAUCAUCCAGAGAAUCAUGCAGAAGUACUUCCUGGGUCUGAAGACUACCGUGCCCUCCAUGUCACCCAUAGACAACACCUGGUCGGCCCAGCCUUACAGCUUCCUGGAGGGAGCUCACACUGAGCUCAGGAGGAUCUUCCACCUCUGGAGGUGCAAGAAGCACCGGGGCCAGUUCACAGAGGAGAAGAAGGCUGUGUACGAGGAGAAACUGGAGGCCAGUGAGAUCUUCAAGAACAAAAAGGCUCUGUACCCCAGCAGCGUGAGCCAGCCUUUCAAAGGAGACUAUCUAGAGAUCCAUAAGAACCCUAAGUACCAGAAGCUGAACAGUGCUGUGGAGGAGAAGGUGCUACUGGCUGACGUGGUGAACAAGAUAAACCGGGCCAACGGCAAGGGGUCACCAAGGCUCUUCUUGCUGACCAAAAACAACUUUGUCUUAGCUGACCAGAAGACAGGCCAGGUGAAGGCCAGCGUGCCGCUGCCAGACCUCACCAGCGUGUCGGUCAGCACUCAGAGUGACGGCUUCUUCGCCCUCAAGCUCAAAGAGGGCUCUGCUUCAGCUGCCAAAGGUGACUUCCUGCUAAACAGUGAGCAUCUUAUUGAGAUCAUCACCAAACUCCACCGCACAUGGACCACCGCUGCAGACAAGGACCAAAUCAACAUUGAUAUCUCAGACGAGUUCCUCGUUCAGUUCAAGCAGGACAAGGUGUGUGUCAAGUUCAUCCAGGGGGGGCCUAAGAACGGCACCAGUGCUGCCUGCAAGCGCAAGAACAACCGCCUACUGGAGGUGUCUGUGCCAUCAUCGCCAUAGAGACGACACAACGUCACUGAUAGGGUUUUCAUGACAGUUCACCAUCAGACCUAAAUCCAGCCCCACCCCCAAUGACUGUGCAAUUUACACUACUUUUUGUUGUUAUUUGUUCUCUCUUAUUUCCUCUUCAGUCUCAUUACAUCACUGUAAAAUGUAAUAGUGCUGCCACUUUUGGUAGAGAGUGAAAGACUCAUGAUCACAUGACGAUAAGGUUAUAAGAGAAAGAGAAAGAUGAUACUGUGUUUUACUUGUAUUGUUUUUAAAGUUGGUGGUGGGUGAAGGAAGGAAAGAAGUGCACUCCUCUUGUCAAUGGAGCAUAAGGUAUCUCCAGUCAGAUAAUGAUGAUGAUAAAGAUUGUUGAGCUUGGUGAAGCUAAUCUGCAGUCUUUGUGGUUUGGUAUCAAAAGCCAUCCAUGCCAAGCCGUACCCAUAUUCAGUGAUCGCUAAAAAGGAGCAAAGAAAGAAAGUAUUGACAAGUCACACCCCUGAACUAGCUUCCAGGCCAUCGGAUAAUUUUUUCUGUUGAUCUCUGAAAUGGCAACUCUAUAGACCAACGAUGACCAGAGAGCUUUCAGGGUUGCUCUAAAAUGUUCUCUGAAAGUAAAAAAAAAAAAAAAAAAAAAAAACAAUAUGAUGGCACUUGUUAUGUUCACUCGGGUGAGUUAAAAUGAGAAAAAUAUCAUGAUGAAUAGGCUUGAAUAUUGGCUGGGUUGUUUCUGUUUAUGCUGUGCUUUGCUGACACCUACACAGCUGACUGUACAGUGGGUGGUCAAGUAGAAGAAUCAACAGUUGUCAAAUGAUAUAUCGUUAACCACUUAGUAUCCAUAGCAACUCCCUUCUCUGUGUGGUGCCACGACGUGUUACAUGUAUCAGUGUUGUCAUCUAAUCAGGUCUUGGACAAAGUGAAAACCAAAAAGGUGAAUGGUCCCUACACUCAGUUUAUCAUGAAGUAAAUGCCACAAAACCUUUUUAAGGGGGACUUAAUCAAGCAGGAACAAGACUUUAUUUGAUAACACACUACACGUGAUCAAUAUUCAUUUCCUCACUUUUCAGUUGUCCUCAAAGUACAUGUCUUCUCUAAGCUUUACUCAAUAUACAUGUAUGUUCAAAUAAUUAUUCUAAACCGUUACCUUUUUCAAUGUGUAAUUGAACAGUGUAGAUCCAUAUCCUUAUGUCAUUACUCAGACAAUAAUUCAGUGGUUUGGUGCACAAGGACCUCCCCUAUGCCCCUUAUGAAGGCUUGUGAUCGGUCGGAUGGACAGGAAGUUGUUAGAAUUGUCAGGAAGUUUCCAACCACCACAGGAAGUGAGAUGGACCCCAGGGUUCCCAAGCCUACCCUAUGCCCAGUUUUUUAAAAGUUAUUUAUCUGGAUUUUGCCUAUGGAAAGGAUGAAAUGCAUUGAAAUUGAAUGGAAGUCCCAAUUCAAUAAUUUGUCCGUUCUAUUCAUUCUAUUUCUAUGUGUUUCUACUUAGCCGAUAGGUGAAAUCCAAAUAGAUAACUUGUGAAAAACUGGGCCCAGAUGACUAUCCUCGAUUCCCAGAUUUAAGGCUGGUCAGUCUUUUUAGAGCCACACGGCUGCUAGUUUUCAUUGGCCCUCUUGUGUGAAAUGUAAGGGAAAUUAGCUAUUUGCCUGGAAGGCUGCCCUAGGCUAGGCUACAUCAUCUCAAGCAUUCCUCCUCCCUUUGGCCUGAGUAAAUUAGUAAAAGGACGCAACAUGUCGACAGACGGAACACAAGAUUAAGUCCUACACUCUGACAGACGUUUCUCAAGCACAUGCUGUUGAGAGAAACACUCACUCACUGACUAUCAUACACAUCAGCUAUACAUAAGCUAAGAUGUAGACCCAGCAUGUAGGGGUAAAUUAUAGUGUCCUUAUGCUAGUUUUCUUAUUGCUGUGAUGCAGAAAUAUCUAUGCUGUUUUUGCCAUCACAAUGUAGGCAGUUAAUUUUUUUGUAGACCGAUUCUGGCUAAUAAUAAACGCAGUGUUUUUCUUGGGACUCCCCCAGCUGUUUUUUGAGUGCAUAUGACCAUAUAGUACAUUCUUGGGAAGUUUUUUCAGAAAUCUAGCAAUCUCCGCUUUACUGUCUACUCUACCUGUGCACAGACUAUACUUUAUACACACACAAGCCAAUGUCCCUGAUCUUUGAAAUUUGGACAUCUAUUAUAAUAUGAUAUUCUUUAUCAGGAGGUUUCGUGGGAGUUUGGACUGUUGACUUCAAUGUUAAACAAUUGGGUUCUCUGGUGGUGGAGGUUGUAGCUCAGCCGAACUGCACUAGAUCACAUUCCUAUAGAUCGUGCUGGGGUAUUUUCAUUUUAAGUUUUUGUAAUAUCACAGAAAAACCAUAGGUGGACUUUGAGGAAUGUUUUUUCCUUGCAUGGGGAGAAUGUUGUGCAAAAUCGAAUGAUGUUUGUUGCUGUUCAGUUCUGUACAGUUUGAGAUUUCAAUGCAGUUUGCUACAAGGUUAAUAACUCUCUCGCACUUCUGUUUAUAUUUGAAGUUAAAUAUGAAAAUAGAAACUCAAAAUGAUGUAUGCAUUCUUGUCGUGUGCCUAAUGUAAGACAGAAAGAACAUGGAAUUGUUUCAACACUAUUCAAUGUAACACAUUUACAAGUCAUUUUUUUUAAAUAAAAAAAAAGCAAUAAAUA